GACACGGGAAGUGGCUCGGAGGCGCAUGCGCUAUGUCCUCGAGGUAAUCGGAGCAGUUUCCAUUGUUGGGGUGAGCAGACCUCGAGCUUUCGGGACUCCUCGGUGGCACCUCGCCCUCGCCCCGUCUUCGGAGCGGGGUUGCAGGCUCCCCGGUCCCUCCAGCUUCCUGCCUCCAGCUUCCUGCUGCGGGCGACUCUCAGGGCCAAAAUGAGUCUGUUUGGAACAACUUCGGGUUUUGGAACUGGUGGGACCAGCAUGUUUGGCAGCACAACCACAGAUAAUCACAACCCUAUGAAGGAUAUUGAAGUAACAUCUUCUCCUGACGACAGCAUUGGUUGUCUGUCUUUUAGCCCACCAACCUUGCCGGGGAACUUUCUGAUUGCAGGAUCGUGGGCUAAUGAUGUUCGCUGCUGGGAGGUUCAGGACAGCGGACAGACUAUUCCAAAAGCCCAGCAGAUGCACACCGGGCCUGUGCUGGAUGUUUGCUGGAGUGACGAUGGGAGCAAAGUAUUUACAGCAUCUUGUGAUAAAACUGCCAAAAUGUGGGACCUCAACAGUAAUCAGGCAAUACAAAUUGCACAGCAUGACGCGCCUGUUAAAACCAUACAUUGGAUUAAAGCACCAAACUACAGCUGCGUGAUGACUGGGAGCUGGGAUAAGACAUUAAAGUUUUGGGAUACACGGUCAUCAAAUCCUAUGAUGGUUCUGCAGCUCCCUGAGAGGUGUUACUGUGCUGACGUGAUCUAUCCGAUGGCCGUGGUGGCGACUGCAGAGAGGGGGCUGAUUGUCUACCAAUUGGAGAACCAGCCUUCUGAAUUCAGGAGGAUAGAGUCACCGCUGAAGCAUCAGCAUCGGUGUGUGGCUAUUUUUAGAGACAAACAGAACAAGCCGACUGGCUUUGCCCUGGGGAGCAUUGAGGGAAGAGUUGCUAUUCACUAUAUCAACCCACCAAAUCCUGCCAAAGAUAACUUCACCUUCAAGUGUCAUCGGUCCAACGGGACCAAUACUUCCGCACCUCAGGACAUUUAUGCGGUCAACGGAAUCGCGUUCCAUCCCGUCCAUGGCACUCUGGCAACGGUGGGGUCUGAUGGCAGGUUCAGCUUUUGGGACAAAGAUGCCAGGACAAAACUGAAGACUUCGGAACAGUUAGACCAGCCAAUCUCGGCCUGCUGCUUCAAUCACAAUGGAAACAUAUUUGCCUACGCAUCUAGCUACGACUGGUCCAAGGGCCAUGAAUUUUACAAUCCCCAGAAGAAGAACUACAUUUUUCUGCGUAAUGCAGCUGAAGAGCUGAAGCCCCGGAACAAGAAGUAGUGGCUGCGCCUUCUGGGCUGAUGUGCAUUGCGUCCCCUCCGCUCUGCCUCAUCUGUGUGACUGGAGGGUGGUCAUCCAUGGACUUCACCCGUGAGGGAGCCAUGGAACUGCUCAGCAGUCCAGCCCCGCUGGCAGCAGCCAUUCACGGUCUCCAUUCCACUGCCCGUUACAGGUUUCCCCCGAAACUUCAAGGGGUUGAAGUGACUGGGGGGGCCAGACUCCUGUGGGCUGCCACUGCCGGUGUUCCCUGUGUAUCACUCAGCCCUGUGUACGUUAGAGGGCGGGAAGCGCCCUGUGAGCCCUGUACUCAGGACUGUGUGCGUUAGUGGGGCGGGAAGCGCCAUGUCAGCCUUGUACUGUACUUUGUAAUAAAAUGUUUUGAAGACUGCC